GUCUCUUGCGCUAGUUCCAAAACUACAGCCCCCAGAAUUCUCCUCGCUGUGCGACGUACUGGGCGGAGUUCGGGAAGAAGUAAAUAAACGCCUUCGCACGUCGGGUGUGUGUGGAGACGUUGAAACCGUUAACGGCUACGGAACGUUCAGAACAAGCAAGAUCUAAACUAUGCCGGAAGGCUCCAAGCCGACAACUCUCCAGCGAAAUAAGCCCCCAGUUGCUGCCGGCAAGAAGUUCUCUGUUCCCUCUGAGUCGAAACAAAAAACAAACCCCAAGGACUUUGUGAGGCUCCUCCCGCUCGAAAUCAGUCUGAAAAUUUUUAGUCAGCUGGACCUCCGGAGCUUAUGCAACGCUGCCAUGACCUGCCGAAGCUGGAACCGCACGCUGGAGACCUGUGACCAUUUGUGGAAGCAUCACUGCUUAACCUUAAGGGCUCUCUGUCAGCGAGAGAUUGACAAAGACAGAGGCCGUGGCUAUUCGUGGAAGGUCACACUGCUGAGAAACUACUGGAAAAGCAAAGUGAAGCUGGAGUGGCUGAGCGGAAAAUACAGCAACAUUCAUUCCCGCAGCGGCUUGCCAGAAAAGAGCAUGUAUCCCAUGGAUGUGGACACCUGGGGAGAAAUUCUGGAAGCGGAACUGGAGCGAUGAGAAGCCUAGUUCCAGAACUAGCGGAACUGGUUCGGGACCAAUUUGGAGCUGCGUGCUGUAUUGAGCAUUCAUUCGGGACCCCACGGAAAAUGGCAGCUCUGUGAACCUUUGAGGAUUUGCACUUUUAGAACAUUUUUUAAAAAAAUUCUUUGUUGGAAAAGGUUUGAUGCUGGGUUUGUAGUUUUAAUCUCCUGUUCAAGGGACUUGCUUCUCGGACUUCCUCUCAAUGCACUUUGCAGAUGAUGACUAAUAUUUUCAGAUGCUUGGGUAUGUGUUCUUGACCUUUUGUAAGAAUAAACCAUAUCAGCAGCAUCGUGAGAGAAGGUGGGGAACGCUUGCAAUGUUGGAAACGUCAGCAAAGAUAGCGUAACAUAGAUCUGGGGUUGUGAAGUGCAGACAUAUUUCACCCUCUGUUUCUAGAGGGGAUUGCUUUUUAUCUUCUAGAGAUACAUGGUAUAUUUUCAUUUCAUGUAUUAUGAUCCAAGAUCAGCCAACAUAAAGGUACAAGCUAAGCACAAUUAAAAGAUAU